UUGAUUAACCUGACUAACUGGCAUCCCCCAUAAGGGACUUUCGGCUAUUAUCUGACAGAUAAAAGGCAAGCCGUGGCGGUGACUGCAGGUUGAAGUCAAGCACCUUUGUCUGAAAGUCGUUCAGGUGACUCACUGGGCACAGUUGGACCCAACUUGUUUUUUCUUACUGUAUAAGCUUAGUGUGAACUUUUAAAAAAUCAACUGUUUGCAAAUUCUUAAUCCUUUUUCUGCCGCAAUCUUAUUUUUACCCUCCCUUUAGUUUUAUUGUCUAGCAACAAGUUAACCAAGACUUACAAAUAAUUUAGGUUUCCCCUCUCUUUCAGGGGAAUAAUUUCACUCUAACCUUCUGUCUCAUUUCACCAGUAGCUCAUCUGUUAAAGCAAAGGCAUUGCUACCAUAGUUAAUUGCUACUUUGACACACCUCAUUUUCUUUAUUUCUCAAGAACAAAAGGCUAAUAGAGGAGAGUGUAGCCUCAACUUUUUGGAAACAUGCAACUUUCACUACUUUAAUAUAUAAUUGGUUUCUUUGCUUCAUGCAUUAUAAAGACAAGGAGGAAAAGCUGAGGUCUCCCCAAGCCAGGUGUUUCUUGUUGGCAGCCUGCUCCCUAAUGACUCUGCUCUCAUAGAGCAGCUGCCUGCUAGUCAGCUUUGUAUGGCCUAUUGUUGCUGCACACCCUCGUUAAUACACAUGCUGCCCGGGGCAGACCCGGAGAAUGACAUCAACUUGCUUAUCUUAGAAACCUACGAACCUGACGCAGGGUGCUGAGGUUGGCUUGCAUCUGCCCGGCCAACUAAUUGUGAGCUCUCUGGCCUAUGAUUGGCUGUUCCUCCUCUCAGUAAUAGGUUAAGCAAAGACAUUGCCAUUCCAUCUGUUCAACCAUUCAUUGUUCUUCUUGCCUGCCUGAAGUCUGCAGCUAAAAUUGUGUUAAGGAGUUACUGCUGAAGCUGCUACAGAAACCAAUGUCUUUGUAUUUUCCUGCUAACGAAUACGGGGUGCUGUGCGUUCAGGAAUACAGGAAAAACGGCAAGGUGGAGUCAAGCACACGGAACAGCCUCAUGGGCUUGAAGGAUCACCUGGGGCACGACCUCGGCCACCUGUACGCGGAGGGCACCGACCCACAUUUAAGCACGACCGCACCUUGGCCCGUGGGGGACCCGCCGGCCAUGGAGAAAGCCCAGCCCGGGCUGGACGCCAGGGAGGCGGCCGACGAGAGCGCGAGCUCGGGGGACUCGGAAGGCAGCGCGCUCUCGGACGGCGAGGCCGAGCCCCCGCGGGGCGCCCCGCGCUUCCUGGCCAAGGCGCACCGGCAGCUGUGCAGGUCUCCCGGGCUGGAGCCGCACAUCCUCAAGCGCAACGAGAUCCUGCAGGACUUCCAGCCCGAGGAGUGCCCGGCGCCGGCCCCCGAGGGGAAGAAGCCCCCCGACGUGGUGCGCGAAUACCAGACCAAGCUGGAGUUUGCGCUCAAGUUAGGCUAUUCCGAAGACCAGGUCCAGCUCGUGCUCCACAAACUCGGUACCGAGGCUUUAAUCAACGACAUCCUGGGGGAACUCGUCAAACUGGGAAAUAAAAGCGAGGCCGAGCCGUCAGCGAGCACCGCCCGCAGCGCCGUGCGCGAGGCGGCCUCCCUGGAGGCCCAGCGCGCCGAGUCCCCCCUGCAAGAGGUGGCCACGGACGACGGCGAGAAUCUCAGGCCGAUCGUUAUCGACGGCAGCAACGUGGCGAUGAGCCAUGGAAACAAAGAAGUAUUUUCCUGCCGAGGAAUAAAAUUGGCUGUGGACUGGUUUUUGGAGAGAGGCCACAAAGAUGUUACAGUUUUUGUUCCUGCUUGGAGAAAGGAGCAGUCCCGCCCCGAUGCCCUUAUCACAGAUCAAGAAAUUCUCCGUAAGUUGGAGAAGGAGAAGAUCCUGGUGUUCACUCCGUCCCGCCGCGUGCAGGGCCGGCGCGUGGUCUGUUACGAUGACAGGUUCAUCGUGAAGCUGGCCUUCGAAUCGGAUGGCAUCAUCGUGUCCAAUGACAACUACAGGGACUUGGCCAAUGAAAAACCAGAGUGGAAGAAGUUCAUAGACGAACGGCUACUCAUGUACUCCUUCGUCAACGACAAAUUCAUGCCCCCUGACGACCCUCUUGGCAGACACGGCCCGAGCCUGGAUAACUUUCUGAGGAAGAAACCCAUUGUCCCCGAACACAAAAAGCAGCCUUGUCCAUACGGAAAGAAAUGUACCUACGGCCACAAGUGCAAGUAUUACCACCCCGAGAGGGGCAGCCAGCCCCAGCGGUCGGUGGCCGAUGAACUCCGCGCCAUGUCUAGAAAUACCGCAGCCAAGACUGCCAACGAAGGCGGGCUGGUGAAAAGCAACAGCGUCCCCUGCAGCACAAAGGCGGACAGCUCCUCUGACGUCAAGCGCGGCGCCCCAAAGAGGCAGUCGGACCCCAGCAUACGGACGCAAGUCUACCAGGACCUAGAGGAAAAGCUUCCCACCAAAAACAAAUUGGAAACCAGGUCUGUACCUUCUUUAGUCAGCAUCCCGGCUACUCCCACUGCAAAACCCCAAAGCACUGCAUCUCUAAGCAAUGGCCUUCCAUCUGGAGUGCAUUUCCCACCUCAGGAUCAAAGACCACAGGGACAAUAUCCUCCAAUGAUGAUGGCAACCAAAAAUCAUGGAACGCCAAUGCCUUAUGAACAGUAUCCAAAAUGUGACUCCCCUGUGGACAUUGGGUAUUAUUCCAUGUUGAAUGCAUAUUCAAAUCUGAGUAUCUCAGGCCCGCGAAGUCCUGAAAGGCGUUUCUCCUUAGACACAGAUUACAGGAUAAGUUCCGUUGCUUCGGACUGCAGCAGUGAAGGGAGCAUGAGCUGCGGGAGCAGUGAUUCCUACGUGGGGUACAAUGACCGGUCCUACGUCAGCUCUCCAGACCCCCAGCUGGAGGAGAACUUGAAGUGUCAGCACAUGCACCCUCACGGCCGCCUUAAUUCCCAACCCUUCCUGCAGAAUUUCCAUGACCCCUUAACCAGAGUGCAGAGUUACAGUCACGAAGAACCAAAGUACCAUCACAAGCCUCCUCUCCCGCACUUGGCUGUGCACCUGCAGCACCCAGCCGUGGGCACGCGGGCCAGCUGCCCUGGCGACUACCCCUCCCCUCCCAGCUCCACGCACCCAAAGGCACCCCACCUGGGGCGCUCCUUGGUGGCCACCCGGAUAGACAGCAUUUCUGACUCUCGGCUGUAUGACAGUUCUCCUUCCAGACAGAGAAAGCCUUACACCCGCCAGGACGGGCUGGGCGGCUGGGAGCGGCCGAGCUACGGCCUCGAGGCCUAUGGCUACCGGCAGACCUAUUCCCUGCCAGACAACUCCACGCAGCCCUGCUACGAGCAGUUCACCUUCCAGAGCCUGCCCGAGCAGCAGGAGCCCACCACCUGGCGCAUCCCGUACUGCGGCCUGCCACCCGACCCCCCCAGGUACCAAGACAGCCGAGAGAAGAUUUACAUCAACCUGUGCAACAUUUUUCCGCCCGACCUGGUGAGACUCGUCAUGAAGAGGAACCCUCACAUGACCGACGCCCAGCAGCUCGCCGCGGCCAUCCUGGUGGAGAAAUCGCAGCUGGGCUACUGAGAGAUGAUGCACCCGUGUGGUGUUGUUUUUUCUUUUUUUUUUUUUGUUCAGCUCAAAUGCUGAGGGAGGUUUGCUACAAUAGCACAUGUGAUCUCCUUCUCAGCAAGGAGGUUCUAUAGUAUCCAUUUAUGUGAAAUACUGUAUCAUGGAAUCUUGUAUGUACAGCCCCACACGGCAGAAGUAUCGCGGGAUUGCUUUACAUGCAAACUUUUUUUUUUAAAAAAAAAAAAACAUUUCCUUUUUAAAGCUCUAUCCUUGGCUGGAGAUUUUUCCAGUUUGAUUUACUAGAUGUCUCUGUGAUCUUUGAUAUUAAUCUUUGGUGCAUCAGGGGUUUAUAAAUGCAGCACUUUUUAUCCUCGUUUCAUGUUUUACUAACUGGGUGUUUGUCUAUCAAUUGCAAGCAAUUAACAAAACCUUCAGAAUGUUGAACAUUUUACUAGACCUAGCGACUAUUUUUUCAAGCCAAGCUUCACUGGAAUCUUUUACAGCUUUUUAAGUUAUUUUUAUUUGGGGAAAGUGGGCUUCUUUGUGCUAUAAUCAUUAUUUAUAGAAACAAAGAUCUACUACGGCACUGACUUUAUAUUUUAAACAAAAUGUAAGUUACCAGUUUAUGUCGAAGUGGGUAGCAGCGUAUGUGAGAAAGACUUACAAGAUGGCACUUUUCAUUGUUUAUUUUGGUUUGGGUUUUUUCUGUUAAGUGAUGAGUUAAUUUAAUAUGAUCGAUUUAAAGGAAAGCAGAUGCAAUCAAUGGAAAAAAAUUGUUUCCAUUUUAUUUUUUUUAAUGGAAAAGGCAAAAGCCGUUAACUGUUACCGUUUAGAUAGAGCUUGUUAUCCAGCUGUGAUGUGCUUCUAGACAGUAGGGAUGGAAUCGAAUUCCUAGACUUCCAUGAACCUGUCUUUUUAGUGUGUUUGUCUUUUUGUUCUGGGGCACAACAAAACUGGAUAAAAUAACCCUUUCACAGUACUUGCCUGUUUUCAAUGAAUCUAAUUAUUCUCAAUGCAACUUUUAUAUUUAAUAUACUCUUUAGCUUUCCUGCUAUUUAUCAAGGCUGGCCUGCAGUGGUGUU